AUGGCUAUCCUGCUCGGCAGCUUCCCCUCUGAAUAUGAUGCCAUGGUUCGCAUCAUUGAUACGCAAAGUGAGACGACACUACUUGACGCAAAGGAGAUGCUCCGUCGCGAGUUUGAGACGCUACAGAAGAGAGAGCAGAAGGAGACGGCAUUCAAGGCAGCAGCACAACGAGGAG